AUGCAGCCAUAUAUACCUAUGAUGGAGAAUGUGUCAAGAGUGUCUGUUUUUAAAUUGUCUGGAUUGAACUUUACUUCUGAGUACAGAUAUAUUCUGUUUUCUCUGACUUUAUUGUGUUACCCUGUAAUUUUAAUAAUUAACAUUACAGUAAUCUAUGUAAUUGUGAUGGACAAACAUCUCUAUAAGCCAAUGUACAUAUUUCUUAGUAAUUUGUGUAUUAAUGCUUUGUACGGAACACUUGGGUUCUACCCCAAAUUUUUAUCUGAUUUGUUAUCUGAGCAUCAUGUCAUCUCAUAUUUAGGAUGCCUGGUUCAAGUAUUUGUAAUUUAUUCAUCAGCUCUUUGUGAAUUUUCUACUUUAACUGUGAUGGCUGUUGACAGAUAUUUGGCAAUAUGUAGACCAUUAGAGUAUCAUAGUAUUAUGACAAAUAACACAGUUAUCAAGUGCAUGGUGUUCUCGUGGUUUUCACCACUUUUAUCUAUGUUAGUUAUUGUUGUUUUAAGUUCAACAUUAACUUUAUGUGGCUCAAAUAUUGAGAAACUAUAUUGUGAGAACUGGUCUAUAGUGAAACUUUCAUGUUAUCCAACAACAGUUAAUAAUGUGUUUGGGUAUAUUGUAAUUAUUGUUUAUUUUAUUCAUUCACUUUUCAUAAUGUGCUCUUACAUAAAACUAGUUAGAGCAUGCAUCAAAUCGAAAGAAGAAAGAAAAAGGUUCAUGCAAACAUGUAUGCCACACCUGCUUUCAUUGCUUAAUGUGACACUUGCUUUACUGUUUGAUGUUAUGUUUACAAGGUAUGGCACCAGGAACUUCUCUCAAGAUCUUCAGAAUUUCUUAGCCAUGGAAUUCCUUAUUAUACCACCAAUUCUGAAUCCACUUAUUUAUGGGUUGAAACUCACAAAAAUUCGAAAUCAGCUCCUGCAAAUUUACCAGAAAAAUGCCAUCAGGGCCGUAAGUGAAUUGGACAGACAAAUCUAA